GCACAACAACCAGUUUGAGGUGUUGACUUGGCCUCCAAAUUCCCCAGAUCUCAAUCCAAUCAAGCAUCUGUGGGAUGUGCUGGACUAACAAGUCUGAUCUAUGGAGGCCUCACCUCAUGAGUUAGAGGAUUUCAAGAAUCUGCUGCUAACAUCUUGGUACCAGAUACCACAGCACACCUUCAGGGAUCUAGUGGAGUCCAUGCCUUGACUGGUCAGGGUUGUUUUGGCAGCAAAAAGGGGACUAACAUGAUAUCAGGCAGGUGGUCAUAAUGUUAUGGCUGAUCAGUAUAUAAACCUGUGAUUAAAGGACUAUGGCUCAGAAGGUUGUGGGAUUGAAUCCCAGCUCCACCAAGAUAUCACUACAGUGCCCAUGAGCAACAGGACAUGCUGUUAUUGAGAAAUAAUCAACUUCAGGGUGGUAAUAGUAACUCUGUUCCAUGUCAGGCUGGACCACAUGGUCAGUGAUUAGUUUUCUAUAACAGCACAGCCCCAAGGUUAUAUUGCUAAGGGAUUGGUUAACCAGUGCAGCAGUGAGCUUUCUGAAUGAGAAUAAGCUCCAGCGUGUACACAUUGCCUCCUGAAAGACUACAGUAAGGGUUUGGUGUGUGUGAAGGCGUAGACUUGGGAGGAUUCCCACUGAUAAGCUGCUUGCGUGUUAUCUCUCGGACACACUCGCAGGUUUGAGGUGGCGGUCUCUACUCCAUGUGGAAGAACGACCGUGGACGGGUUUGUUUUAAUUCUGUAAGGCAGAGGAGAGCGGCUUGGUGGAGAUGGAGCUCCCGGUGCCCGUGAACAUUCGGAUCAGCAACAUCACCUGCGACUCCUUUAAGAUCUGCUGGGACAUGGACCCUCGCACCAAAGAGAAGAUCACACACUACUUCAUCGACCUGAACAAGAAGGAGAACAAGAACUCCAACAAGUUCAAACACAAGGACGUUCCCACUAAGCUGGUGGCCAAGGCCGUGCCGUUGCCGAUGACCGUGAGAGGCCACUGGUUCCUGAGCCCGAGAACCGAGUACACGGUUUCUGUGCAAACCGCUUCAAAGCAGAGUGAUGGAGACUACGCCGUGUCUGAAUGGAGCGAUAUUGUGGAGUUCUGCACUGCAGAUUACUCUCCUGUUCAUCUGACUCAGCUGCUCCAGAAGGCCGAGGUUAUCGCCGGCAGGAUGCUGCCCUUCUCUGUCUUCUACCGCAAUCAGAACCAGGAGUACUUUGACUACUGCAGGAAUGUGCAGGGAGGCCGGAUGCUCCCCUCGGUGAAGGACAACAGCGGGAGUCACGGCUCUCCGCUUAGCGGAAAGCUCGAGGGUGUCUUCUUCAGCUGCAACACGGAGUUUAACACGGGUGAGCCGCCGCAGGACUCCCCAUACGGCCGCUACCGCUUCCAGAUCAGCGCCGAUGAGCUGUUCGGUCCCAAUACACGUCUCUACUUCGGGGACUUUUACUGCAUGUACACAGCGUACCACUACGUGAUCCUGGUCCUGGCCCCGCGCGGCUCGCCCGGAGACGCCUACUGCAGCGAGAGGCUGCCCGAGCUGGACGCCACCAACAACCGCUUCCUGACCCGCGUAUGCGGUGAAGACGGGCGUGUGGAGUUCCGCCACGCGCAGGAUGUCAUCCUGGAGAUCAUCUACACUGAGCCUGUAGAGCUAUCCCGCGGCACCGUGGCUCAGAUCAGCGGCCAUCAGCUCAUGAGUCUGUCCACCGUCAACGCCAAGAAGGACCCGAGCUGCAAGACGUGCAACAUUAGCGUGGGACGUUAACGCUUCAAGCAUCGGGACUUACUGACCAACUGUGUCCAAUCCACAUAUCACCCAGAUGAAGAAACCCGAUAUUAGCAUGUAUGCUAAAUACCCAGUCCUCAGAUCACACUUCAAGACCUGCAGACAUUAGCGAGGGAUGCUAACGCUUGAGCUGUGCUGUCUCCAAAUCACCAGAACUCAGUCCAUCAGUCCAUGGAUCACACUGAAAUGUUAGCAUGGGGUGCCGACACUUAUACACAAACUCAGUCUGGACUUGCUGACCAGUGAUGUGUAGAUGAGAACACCUCAAGAAGACCACUGCUCUACAUCUCACUACUGAUCGUUUGUGUGUGUGUGUGUGUGUGUGUGUGUGUAUCAACCCCAUCUAAAUAUGAAAACUAAACAAACCUUAGAUCCUUUAUAGCACUAACUAAAUAAAUAGUCAUGGCUCCAGUAGAAUUGUGAAACUGCUUCUAAACAGCUUGUGACCUUCCUCUGCGCUCGGGGUCUCCGUCACCAUCCUGACACGACUGAAGAAAGCUCUCCUGUCUUCACUGCUGCAAAUCCACUCCAUCUGCAGCGUGUACCAUCACCAGGCAAGAAUUUCAUCAUGAUUUCCUGUACUGAAACAAAAAGAAUAGAAAAAUUUCAAUUGGAUACUUUAAAUAGUCUCAGAAGCAUCUGCUGAGUUCAUGGAGAUUUUACACUAAAUGUGUUUAUAAACGUCUAACGCCAUUUAAAUGCUGGACUCUGAUUGGUCAGAAGGUGUGCGGUAUUUUUGUGUAAGAGCACAGUUCGGUCCAGUUGCAACAUGAACUCUCUGCUCAUAGAACACGCUCGUUCUAGUACGUUAUUGUGUCUCUAGUAUCUGUAACAGCUCAUACACAGGGACGUGUUCAGCAAACGCUCCGCACCAUUAAAAUAAUAAUAAUAAUAAGUGGAUUUAAAACAGACUGAUUUUUAAUGCUUAUUGAAGGCGUCACGGUUGUCAGGGCUUUGAAUCUUUGGUUACGGUUUCUGCUAGAAUUGAAGCCUGUGUGUGAGAGUAAGGGAGACAGAGAGAGAGAAACAGAGAGAGCAAGCGAGAGAGAGAGAGAGAGAGAGAGAGAGACAAAAAGAGACUGUGAGUGAGAGAGAGAGAGAGAAACAGAGAGAGCAAGCGAGAGAGAGAGAGAGAGAGAGAGAGAGAGAGAGAGAGAGAAAGACAAAAAGAGACUGUGAGAGAGAGAGAGAGAGAGAGAGACACUUAGAGAGAGGCAGAGAGAGAGAGAGAGAUACAGAGAGAGAGGCAGAGUGACAGACAGAGAGACAGACAGACAGACAGACAGAGAGAGAGAGAGAGAGAGAGAGACAGAGAGAGAGUGAGUGUGUGUGUGUGUGAGAGAGAGAGAGAGAGACAGACAGACAGAGUGAGUGUGUGACAGAGAGAGAGCGAGACAGACAGACAGCCAGAGAGAGAGACAGAGAGAGACAGACAGACAGAGAGAGUGAGUGUGUGACAGAGACAGAGAGAGAGCGAGACAGAGAGAGAGAGACAGAAAGAGAGAGAGAGCGAGAGAGAGAGAGUUGCUAGUAAUUGAAUAUCUGUUUAUUUCAGCUGUAAUGUAGAAUAUAGACACAAGUAAGGAAUGAAACACUUAGGAGUGUGAUGUUAAAGGAAAACACUCAACACUUACUAAUGAUCUCUAUUCAGUAAAGUCCAACACGUCUCACUCUGUUUAGAGUUACAGGUAGAGGAACGUCUUUGGAACAGGUUAUCUCUUACAUUAGAGCUGAGAUCAGACUUGUCGUGUUACAGAGAAACCCUGAAAGUGCUUUUAACCUCCUUCAAAAAGAUGUGGAAUAACCCUUCACCUUCACCAGACAGGUUUAAUGUGUGUAUGGAGAGCGUCCGUGAUACGAGUCCCUGUGUAAGCUGUUCUUAAUGAAACAACGUAUGUGAAGAAUAUAGUCACAUAUAUUUGGAACAUGUAUUGACAGGAAACAAAAAACUGCCUUUAGAUUUUUAUCCCAGUUCAGUAAACAGUGCGUUUUUCCCCAGUACAGAGAACCGUGUCGAACCUCUUGCCUGUGUAUAUACACUUCCCACGCAGUGGACUAGGUCAGGGUCAUUUCACUGGAGUAUACAGAAACAAAGGUAGUUCCCUCUCUUACACAUCAGCCCUGCUGUGGAUUUCAGUACAGACGGAGAGUUGAGAAGUGAUUAUUACUGCAGAGCUGAACUUCUAUUCAGAUUAACCCUCGAGGAGGAGAAUGUCACUCAGCUGCUGAGUUCUGUGUGAAAGAUCUGCAUUCAGAAAAUAUUUAAUGUGAGAAGACCUGAAAAAAAAAAAACACCUACUACGUCCACUUUUCCUUUCCUUUCCUUCUCAUCUCCUCUCUUCUUCCUUUCCUUUUUUUAAUUCUCCUCUCCUCUCCCUUUCCUUUUCCUCUCCUUUCCUUUUGCCUUGUCCUUUUCCCUUUCCUUUUGUUCCCUUUUCAUUUCCUUUUCCUUUCCUCUCCUCUUCCUUUCCUUUUUUUAAUUUCCCUCUCCUCUCCUCUCCUCUCCUCUCCUCUCCUCUCCUUUUGCCUGGUCAUUUUCCUCUCCUCUUUCCUUUUCCCUUUCCUUUCCUUUUCCUUUCCUCUCCUCUUCCUAUCCUUUUUUUUUUUUUUUUAAAUUUUCCUCUCCUCUCCUCUCCUUUCCUUUUUUCCUCGUCCUUUUCCUCUCCUUUCCUCUCCCCUCUUCUUCUUUUUCCUUUUCCUCUCCUCCUUGUCCUUUACCUUUCCGUUUUUUUUUAAACUUUUCCUUCCCUUUCCACAGUUCUGUCAUUUAAUUCAAGCAUCAGUUCAUCAUUUAUCAUUUACUGACAUUUUAGAGUUCCUCCUCUAUUUUAUACACACUGAUCUCCCUGCAGCUCUCCUUUAACCACUUUUGAGUCAGUUUGUUCAUUUUUAUUUUAUAUUAUUUUACAUUUUUUGAGAAAGAGCAGCGUGUGUAUUGUACUUUAGCGUCUGUGUGCAAGUGUGUGUGUGUGUGUGUGAAAGAGAUGUCGUAUUGGCCAUCCAUUGAUUAUUGCGCAUGUUCAUAGUGACGCGUGUUUAUGUUUAUGUUUACGUUUGCAAACCCUCGAAACUGUGCUCUUGUAUGCCAAAGGACAUACGGUGAGAAAAAAAAAAAAGAAUUAAAAUCCUUUAAUAUAUAUGAAAUCGAUCCGUCGGGUCUCCAGAGCUGGCUGAAGAAAGCGAAUAUCAAUGCAAGCGAGUGAGAAAGAAAUCAGAUCUCCUCACAGAGAAGAAGCAAAAGAAAGAAAAAAGAAAGAAAAGUUUGUUGAAUAAUAAAUAAUUAACAAAAAAAAAUAGCUGUGUCCAGCCUUAACUGUACAGUCUUAUUACUUUUAUUAUAGACGUAGUGUAAAUUAUUGCUAAACCAUUUGAAUCGGCUCUAAAAAUAAUGGCAUUGCGGCCACUGGAAGCGCCAGUGCAUACAAUAUUACCCAUAAUCCUCUAGGAGAAACCGGCUCUCAGCUUCUUCUGAGCGUCGAUUAUUUUCCUCGGAAGCGUUUGCGCCACGAAUCGACGUCUUUUGGAUAAAUAUAAAACUCCAGAUAUUUUUUACGGCGCCUGUUAGUUCCUCCCUCAUAGACAGUGCAGAAAGACAGAUAGACUGCAUUAAAACAGACCUACGUUAAUUAGGGACGGGCGCCAUAUCCUCGUUUAUCCCCCACUCUCUCUCUCUCUCUCUCUACCUGUUCUCACUGUGAAAUUAGAGCUUGUAUACUUGUAUUUGUGCAUCUAGUUUAAUCCAAAAUAAAAAAUAAAACAAAUUGCAGCUGAAUAUAAAGUGCUAUAUUUUGAUACAAAGGUGCAUGACCACAAUUUUUUUUUUUUGUCACAAAUAUUUCAAAAUGAUUUUUCUAAAAAAAAUAACCGUAAAUGCACCAGUGAUUUUUGCGCAACGCAUGGCACGUGAUCCGGCCCCUACACGUAUACACGUUCCACUCACUAGGACAUACACGUGAUCAUGGGCGUGUCAGACGGCGAGUCUAUCUCCGAGGUCGUGUUUUUUUUCCCAGCAUCCCUUUCAGCAGCCUGAGCCUGUCCUUCAGAGCAUCGUAGCGCUCGUAUUCCUCCGCCAUGACGAGACAGUCCUCUCUCUGUGCGUUCCUUUAUUAAGGAAAGAAAGAAGGAAGAGAUAUUAAACAGCACUCAUCACCGGCACCUGACGUCUCCCCGCUAAUGCCUUACACUCCGAUAGCUGUGUACAGUGACGAACCUUUAAACACCAUGUAUAUACGUGUACAGGGCAAAACAAGCAGUUCUGUCUCGAAACUCUCUAACUUCUAUCUGUCUAAACUUCUCUGUUAAUGUUUGUGUAGAGAGGCUUCACACACACACACACACACACACACACUGCUGUAUCCUUUGGGCAGGUGCUGCUGUCAAUGUUUUUUUUUUGUUCUGAGAUUCUUGAUGUGUUCCUGAGAACCAACUGUGACUGUUCAAUAAAGCUAUGUGUGAAUGA